AUGCCGACGCCCAAAGUGAGCUUCAAUUUGCACUUGCCGCUGUACACGCUGGACGAGCUCAGGGCCAACGGGUACUGUGCCGUGCACGUGCUUCCGCCCACGGAGCGCCUGGCGCAAUUGGCCCGCCAGUUCGCCAAAGGCGUCAAGGGAACACGCCUGCUGGCGAAGCUCGCGGUGACGCCCGAGGAGAAGCGCGACGGCGAGCCGUUCCACGAGCGCACCACGCCCUUUGCGCUGUUGAAGCAGGGCGAGGACUGGGACUUUGUCACCGUCGACGGGUCGUUGCGGAUCCCCAUCCUCACCAACUGCGAGCGGGUGUUCAUCUGCAAGGCGCUCGACCGGAUGGUGGUGGACUCCCACGAGCUCUGGGUGGCCGAGGUGGUGCGUAUCAUCGGCAACCUGAAGCACCUGCCGCUGGGCGGCCUUCUCUACCACCGGCGCAACUUCCACCGGGUGGGGAUGCCGCUCUUGCGCUAG